CCCGACCUCGGUGCUGAACUGUCACCUUCCUCCACGCAGGACCCAGCCCUGGGGGCACCGCUGUGGGUCCCCGAGCCCCCAGCCCCUGCUCGACCCCGGGGGGUUUGGGGGCCCUGGGGACCCUGGAGCUCCUGCUCCAGCUCCUGUGGGGACGGCGUCGCCCUCCGCACCCGGAGGUGCCUGCGGUCCACCGAGGAGGACUCGUGCCCGGGCGAGCCGCGGCAGUACCGGCUCUGCCAGCUCCAGGGCUGCCCGGGGGGCUCCGUGCCCUUCCGUGCCAUGCAGUGCUCCCUCUACGACAACAAGCCCGUCCUGGGCACCACGGCGCGGUACCGCUGGGUGCCCUUCCAUGGAGCCCCCAACCUCUGCGACCUCAACUGCCUGGCCGUGGGGCACAACUUCUACUACACCUUCGGCCGGGUGCUCGAUGGCACCCGCUGCGGCCCCGGCUCCCCGGACCUCUGCGUCGGCGGGCGCUGCCUGAGCGUGGGCUGUGACGGGAUCCUGGGCUCGGGCGCGCGGCCCGACGCCUGCGGCCAGUGCGGUGGUGGCCACGGCUCGUGUCUCUUCGUGCACCGGCUCUUCCAGGGCGCGGACCCCUCCUCCGCAGGUUAUUUUGGGUACAUGAACGUGACCAAGAUCCCGGCUGGGGCCACCCAGAUCAAGGUGACGGACAAGAGCCGCAACUACCUGGCCCUGAUGAGGAGUGAUGGGCGCUACGUGCUCAAUGGGGACUGGGCCAUCGCCUGGCCGGGGCCCUACGAGGUGGCGGGCACCCGCCUGCAAUACACCCGGGCCCCCGAUGGCACCGAGACCCUGGAGGCUCCCGGCCCCACGGAUGAGGAUCUGCACCUCAUGGUCCUGCUGCAGGAGCCCAACCCCGGCAUCGAGUACGAGUUCUGGUUGCCCCGUGGGCACCCCCAGCUCGGCCGUGGGGAUGCCAGCCCCCUGCGGCAGCCCCAGCCCCGGGGGGCCGGCAGCCCCCCACCCCAGGAGCUCCCAGUCACUCCGGUUCCUGCACCACCGUCCCAGCGCAGGGGCUCUGCCAUGGAGCCCCCACCGAGGAGCCCCCCCGGCCGGAGCGGGGCUGGGGCUGCUGCAGGGCGAUGCGGGAGGUGCCGCCCGGCCAAGGGACGCUCCCAGCGCAUCCGGCACUUCUGCCAGAGCGACUUCGUCUUCCGGGGCCGGAUCCUGGCACGGCGUUUGGUGGGGCAGGAGACGCGCUACGAGGUGGAGGUGAAGACGCCCUACCGGCACCGCUUCCCGCUGGUGGCCAGGGAGUACCUGUGGGUGGCCAACACCUGCGGGUGCCCCCCGCUGCGGGAGGGCGAGGAGUACCUGCUCAUGGCCCACAGACACGUCAACUACGAGCGCACGCUCAACCGCAUCCUGCUGCAGGACGACGGCUACGCCCGGCCAUGGACGCCCCGCGAGGAGCGGCUGGUGCGGGAGGCAGCCCGGCAUUGCCCCCAGACCCGGCCACCCUGAGCCCCCCCAUCCCCGGCUCCAUCGCCUGGGGAGGGGGCGGCCGGUGGGACGUGGGGGCUGGAGACUCUCCUGCCGUGCACCAAACCCCCCGGUCGUGGAGGGGCCAGGGUCCCUGGGGACCCCCCGUCCUGCCCCUCCACCCCGUGCCGGGCAUCUCGCCGUCCUUGGGGUCGACUUGGCUGUUGGGGGGUGGGGGGUGGAGGGUGGUAAUUUAUUUUUUUGCAGAA